AGUCCGAUAGUAACUCUGUACAUUUCAGACGUAUCUGAAAUAUGUGAUAGUGAACGAAUUAUGUGGAAUUUUGAUUUUGUCGUGUUAUUUUGUAAUGAUACGAAUCAAUAACUGGCUUUCAAAGUAUUGAAAGAUAAGCUAAUUUAAAAUGACGUCGAUCAAAGAAGAAGAAAAGAAAGAAAUCCCAGAAUUCAUACACGAUCCUCAAACCAAUAGUACUUACCAGAGGUUACGAUUUUUUGGAAAGGGUGGAUUUGCAAAAUGCUAUGAAAUACAAGACACUUCAACAAACCAAAUUUAUGCCGGCAAAAUAGUCUCCAAGAAGUUAAUGGUGAAGACUAGUCAGAAGGAGAAGAUGGCACAGGAGAUCUCUAUUCACCGAUCACUGCAGCACAAGCAUGUGGUCGGCUUUCAUAGCUUCUUUGAGGAUUCGCUCAACAUCUAUAUUAUACUUGAGCUUUGUAAGCGUAGGUCUAUGAUGGAGCUCCACAAGCGCCGAAAAGCGAUCACAGAGCCUGAGACCCGCUUCUACAUGUACCAAAUCCUGCUCGGAGUCCAGUACCUGCACAGCAAGCGUAUCAUCCACAGGGACCUGAAGCUCGGCAACUUGUUCCUCGAUGAUGACCUGCAUGUCAAGAUUGGGGACUUCGGCCUUGCCGCCAGGAUUGAAUAUGAAGGAGAGAGAAAGCAGACUUUAUGCGGCACUCCAAACUACAUAGCACCAGAGAUCCUGACGAAGAAGGGCCACUCCUUUGAAGUGGACAUCUGGAGUUUGGGGUGCAUCAUGUACACACUCCUGGUGGGAAAGCCGCCUUUUGAAACCUCCACGCUCAAAGACACUUACAAGAGGAUCAAGCAGUGUGAAUAUAGUGACGGGGUGUACCUCGCGAUGAGCGUAUGUCUCGCGGGCCCUUUGCGGUCCCUGGGCGCUCGAUAUGCCCGCGCCAUGAUCCACGACAAUACGCUAAAACUACACUACAGGAUCCCCUCAUCGCUUCGCAAGCCAGCGGCGGCGAUGAUAGUUCUGCAACUGCAGUCCAACCCACAACGGCGGCCCUCCGUGGACAAACUGCUUCAGCACGAGUUCUUCUCGUCAGGAAUCCUGCCCGCGGCGCUGCCUUUGUCGUGCCUCACUACAGCACCGCGUACCGACCAAUUAGAAGGCGUGUCUGUGCACCGCCGUCCGCUUAACGAAGUCAACUCUAAUGAUGUGGCGAUGGCUGUAGACUCGCCGGUGAAGCGCGAGGGCAUGCCGUCGGAGCCCCGCGCCGUGGAGCCCACCUCGCACAGGCAGAACCUCAUCGCGCUGAGAGACCAGCUGGCCACGUUGCUCGUCAGCAAGUUGAAAUGCCGCCCGGAAUGCCUUACGGACGAGCUGAGCGAUCCGGGAUCUCAGCCGCUGGUGUGGGUGGGCAAGUGGGUGGACUACUCCGACAAGUACGGCUUUGGCUACCAGCUCUGUGAUGAGAGCGUCGGUGUCAUGUUUAACGACACCACCAAGCUCAUCAUGCUGGCUAAUGGACUGAACGUACACUACAUAAACAGACAGGGUCAAGAACAAUAUAUGACGAUGGGCAAGUACCCACAGGAGCUGGACAAGAAAAUGAAGCUGCUCACCUACUUCAGGAGAUACAUGACUGAACAUUUGAUGAAAGCUGGUGCGUCAGUGCAAGUCAGGGAGAGCGACGGACUAUCGCGAUUGCCACAUCUGCAUCAGUGGUUCAGGACUACGCUCGCAGUUAUUAUGUAUCUGACUAAUGGGACGUUACAGAUAAACUUCCAAGACCACACGAAAAUAAUACUGUGUCCGCUUAUGCAAGCGGUCACUUACAUCGACGUCGAGAAGAACUUCAGAACAUUCCGCUUCAGUACCAUCGAACAGCACGGUUGCGACAAGAAGCUGUACACCAACCUCACUUACGCAUUAGACAAACUCAACAGUGUACUGGCAAACAAACUGUGCUAGCUGACGCUCGCGCUUAGGUCAUUGUAGAGUAUAAUGAAGUAUUGCUCCCGAGUAUAGAUAUGUCGUAGUCUUCUUCUCAGUAAGUUCUCACGGUAUUGAUGAGUAGUGUUCCUACAAUUAUUUCAUAAAUCACUUAUAAAAUCCCCCUUUUUUUGUCUGUAUGUAUCCCCUAGCCUCCGAAAGUUGUGAACAGGUUUUGUUCCUGUUUAAAAUAUCGGAAUGAGGAUUUUCUAAGAAAGGUUUAUAUUUAUAUCAAUGCUACCCAUGCAAGGCCGGAACAGAUCGCUAGAUACGUAUAAAAAGCAAACAUAUAGAUAAACAGCAGACUCAGCCAAUCAGAAAAAGCUAAUUGCGCUUAAGACGCUGAGCCUAAUUUAAUUUGCUUCAUGCAUAGGACACUCAAUACUAGUUUCCUGAGGUUAGAAAGGAUUUGCUUGUAGAAAAAGACACGCGGAUAGUUGCUAGGGGAGCAGCAACGCAGGGCCGACAUUGGCGCCGGCAAACUUUGUAAGCAGCGUUUACGAUUUUGUUAAAAGUUUAAAUUAGUUUCAAAUCAAUUUCGUGAGUGUUAUAUUUUUAUUUCGUAUCUUCUUACUCAGUUUUAGUUUUGUUAACCACCGAUACUUAUAAUUUAUUUACUUAUUUGAUAUUCUCUGAAAUCGUAACAUGGAAAGUAGUUAAUGUUGUCGAAAAAAAAUGCUACGAUAAUAUCACUCGUCUUAGGGAAUAUGUAUGACACUUUUUACAACUGUGCCUUUGCUUAGGAUAAGGUAAAUUUUAGUUGAGCAUUUAGUUCUUUAUUGACCUAUUUGAAUGAUUUUAAGGAAGUUCUCAUGUUGAAUUAGCUACGCUGGUUGCCAGGGGCGAGUACGUUAAGAUUAGUGAUAUAUCUGUGAAAAUAACUCUUCCAAUAUCCAAGUGUUCGCCACCGACGCACAUCAAUUUGGCGCGACCAUUUCUCAGAGAGUGCACCACGACUGAAUCUGGGGUGCACUGCCUUUUGGAUUGUUUAUUUAGUUUUAUAUUAUAUUUUUAUAAAACAUUGUUUCGUGCUUCAGUAACAUCGGAUAAUUGAAUCAUCGCGCCACAAACAGAAAAUAAGCAAUAAAUCCCCAAAAUAUUAAAAUGUUAUGAGUAUGAACGUCAGUAUUAGUGAAAAUUCGAUGGUGUUGAAGCACUGGCUAUUUGUAACUUGGAAGUUUCUCAGAGGUCAGUUACCUCAUGUAACAUAAAG